GGAAAACACACGGGUUGACGCGCAGAGAGAAAAAAAGGGAGCCGCCGCCCCUUCUUUGUUUCUCUCUUUGCUUCCUUUCUAUGAACAAACCUCCCAACACCGUACACACGCCAUUUAUCAGAUUUGAAAAACUGAGUGGCGGUUGAAGGAGAAGCAAAAUAAGGGCAAUUCAUGGUUUGAAGUCGUCUGAUCCAUAUGCAUGUAGUCUCUACAGCUGUAAAUAGCAUCUGGAGUAGCAUCUUUUUUCGCUAUUUCUAUCUGGACUAGCAUCCUUCUCCCCUAUUUCUUUCUUCUGAUUUGGAGUUCAUAAAUGAAAUAGGAUUUGGAGUGUUCAAAAAUGAAAAUAGAGAAGCAUCUGCCAUGGUAGUCACCUAAAUAGCAACAAGAAAGACUACUGAAGUUGGAAACUAUUUCCUCUGAAUGAAAAUAGUGAGAAUGAAAAAAGUUUUUUUUUUCAAUCAAUGACAUCAUGUCGUCGUCGUUUAAGCUUUUCACCAAACAAUCUGGGGAUAGUUAUACUGUCCAUGAGAGAAUUCACCAUGUGUAUUCUCCUAUACCAUUGACUUUUGGAAUCUUGUUAUGGGUUUUCUCAUAGUUUCUGCAAUUGCCACCUUUCUAGGUCUCAAAACAUUUGGUUUAAAUCAUGCAUCUGAGAAAUAAAUUUUGCUACUUUGCGUCUCAUUCCCCAUCAAAUUCUUUGUUAACAUUUUGUAUUUUUAUUUGCUGUUUGUAGGUGAUCUAGAAUUUUUUAAAUUUAACGUUAUUUUUUUUUGUAUUGUGAUUGUAUUCUUGACCUUACUUUUGCUAUAGCCUGAACUAAAUCACUCCAACCCAGUUGUCUUCAGCCAAAUAUUGCUGGAUCUCGCAAGUGUAAACUUACGAUGCACAAGCUGAGACUCGGGUUGGCUUUGAGCAUGGUAAGGUGGAAGCUUUUAAGUUGAGGUCUGUUGGACUUCAACAAGACUCAAGUUUCUUGAGGGCCAUCUCUGAUCAAACUCUUGUGUGAAUAAUUCUCUGGUGAUUCCUAAUGAUAAUAUAGUUGGAAGACUUGCAAAAAGGAGUGCUGGUGAUGUUUCAAAGUUACAUCUUCAGAAAUAACCAAGUUUAAUUACUGCCAAGGAAGGUCGCCAACCCCAUUUUGCACUGUGAAUGUUAGGGUUUAAUCGGAACAACUUUUCCAUAUUUCUUGGGAACCUUGUUGAAGGUUUAUGGUAACUGGUGGAUAUGUUACGACCAAAGCCGAUCAGUAAUCUCUCCAGUACUGCUAGACAAUUCUUUCUUAGUGGAACACGAUGCAACUCAGCGGAUGGAAAUUCCUGCUCUUGUUCCGAAGAUGAAAAUUGCAUUUCAACAAGGCAACAUAUAAGGAAUGUUUCAGCUGUGCAAAAAUCAUCCACUUUAGUUCCCAGAACCUCAGUGAGAGCCGGGGCCUUAAUUUUGGGAGAUGCAUUUAAACCAUCCAACCCUCACAAUGUUCAAGAUGCAGACCAUUCACAUUGUCCAACAAAAGUUGUGUCUGCUGCGCCCACAACACGGAGAUUGGAUUCUGUUAGUUAUGCUAGCAGCUUCAAUGCUGUUGAAAAGGAUGGAAUGCUCUCCUCACCUCCCAUUGCCGACCAGGUUGUGAGAGCAGGUGUUGCAGCAGUUAAUUUACUGUCUGAUUUAGCCAACGGUAAGAUUCCUGAUGGGAGUCAAAUAUUACACUUGCCUAAGAAAUGCAUGGUAGACUCAACUUUUUCGAAAGUAAAGCCCUCGACUGUGAAACCUGUCCAAAGAGAGAAGUUUGAAAAAGUUAAUUCAAAAUCAACUGUUGAUGCACCACCAGGUUCACAUACGACAAGUAAUUAUAUUGCUCCGAAAGAUAAGGGAAACAAGGCGGGAUUUGUAAGAGAUUUCAAGCGAGUUUCAACUUCGAGUACAACGGAAACUCAUGGUGUGCCUUCCAAAACUUGUGAUAAGAGGAAGACUAUACCACAUAGACCGAAGGCUUGUGCAAGUCAGUUCAGUCCUAAUUUUUCCAGGAUACAAACUUCAGAUGCAGUGAUUCAGGAUUGCACCACAGAAGGAUUCAAAAAAUAUCCAAGGGAUAUGAAACAUCCAUUAGCACCUUUUGCUCGGCAGUUUGUGAGCAGUGGGCAAGCUGUGGAAAGCGUUUGUCGCAUAUUGCAACAGCUGAGAUGGGGUCCUGCAACAGAGGAGGCUCUUGGAAAACUCAACUUUUCAUUGGAUGCAUAUCAAGCUAACCAAGUCUUAAAGCAGCUUCAAGAUCAAACAGUUGCCCUUGCCUUUUUUUAUUGGCUGAAGCGACAAGCUGGUUUCAAGCAUGAUGGACACACUUACACGACUAUGGUUGGCAUCCUAGGCCGUGCCAGGCAAUUCAGUGCUAUUAACAAAUUGCUUGAUCAGAUGGUCAGAGAUGGAUGCCAGCCUAAUGUUGUGACAUAUAAUCGUAUGAUCCACAGUUAUGGCCGUGCAAACUACCUGAAUGAAGCGGUCAAUGUUUUCAACCUUAUGCAGAAGGCAGGGUGUGAACCUGACCGUGUCACAUACUGUACACUCAUUGACAUCCAUGCAAAAGCUGGAUUUCUUGACUUCGCUAUGGAGAUGUAUGAGAGAAUGCAAAUGGCUGGCCUCUCUCCUGACACGUUUACUUAUAGCGUCAUAAUCAACUGUCUUGGUAAAGCUGGUCAUUUAGCUGCUGCCCACAAGCUCUUUUCUGAAAUGGUUGCUCAAGGUUGUGUUCCUAAUUUAGUCACAUACAACAUCAUGAUUGCCCUGCAAGCGAAAGCAAGGAAUUACCAGAGUGCAUUGAAGCUUUACCGAGAUAUGCAGAAUGCUGGAUUUGAACCUGACAAGGUGACUUACAGCAUAGUGAUGGAGGUGCUUGGACACUGUGGGCAUCUCGAUGAAGCAGAGGCAGUUUUUACUGAAAUGAAGCGCAAGAAUUGGAUUCCUGAUGAGCCUGUUUAUGGCCUUCUAGUAGACCUUUGGGGGAAGGCUGGUCAUGUUGAAAAAGCCUGGGAAUGGUAUCAGGCAAUGGUUCACGCUGGUUUACGCCCCAAUGUUCCCACUUGUAAUUCUUUGCUCAGUGCUUUUCUUCGGGUACAUCGUCUGGUAGAUGCAUACAACUUACUGCAGAGCAUGCUGGGUCUGGGUCUAUACCCUUCUUUGCAGACUUACACUUUACUCCUUAGUUGUUGUACAGAAGCACAGUCACCGUAUGAAAUGGGGUUUUGUUGCAAACUAAUGGGAGUUACAGGCCACCCUGCACAUAUGUUCCUACUGUCCAUGCCACAGGCAGGGCCUGAUGGUCAAAAUUUGCGUGAUCAUGUCGGCAGGUUCUUGGAUCUAAUGCACAGUGAGGAUAGAGAAAGCAAGAGGGGCCUUGUUGACUCAGUGGUUGAUUUCCUUCACAAGUCGGGGCUUAAGGAAGAAGCAGGCUCAGUAUGGGAGGUGGCUGCACUGAAGAAUGUAUAUCCAGAUGCUGUGAAAGAGAAAAGUUCAUGUUAUUGGCUUAUUAACCUUCAUGUUAUGUCAGAUGGUACUGCUGUGACAGCGCUGUCCCGGACACUUGCCUGGUUUCGCCGCCAGAUGAUGACCUCAGGAGUUAGCCCUAGUCGGAUUGAUAUAGUGACUGGGUGGGGUCGGCGGAGCAGGGUAACUGGAUCAUCUUUAGUCAGGCAGGCAGUGCAGGAACUGCUUAAUAUCUUUAGCUUUCCAUUUUUCACCGAGAAUGGAAAUUCUGGGUGCUUUGUGGGGUGUGGGGAGCCUCUUAAUAGAUGGUUGCUCCAGUCUUACGUGGAGAGGAUGCACCUGCUGUAGUAAUUUGUAUUUUUGCUCGUAAGUGUUGCGUUGAACACAGUUUUGUUGCGGUGAGUAGAAGAGGUUUUGCAUUGCCUCUAUGAUAAGUUUUUUAACUUAUUCGCUGCUAUUAUUAAUUUAAGCAACACUGAUUCGUUGCGGUGAGUAGAAGAGGUUUUGCAUUGCCUCUAUGAUAAGUUUUUUUAACUUAUUCGCUGCUAUUAUUAAUUUAAGCAACAUUGAUUCAGGCUUUGGAACAUUUUGAAUCUUUGAUGUUCUAAAUAUUAUGAUACAGAUUUUGCAUGGGAACUAAUUCUUGUCAGUAUAUCUACCAGGUAUAUUUCAUGAUGAGUCGUUCUC